CCCAUCUGUUCUUCCGGUGGCGAUGGCUGCGGCCGUGGCUGGGAUGCUGCGAGGGGGGAUGCUGCGAGGGGGUCUCCUGCCCCAGGCGGGCCGGCUGCCCACCCUCCAGACCGUCCGUUGUGGCUCCAAGGCUGUUACCCGCCAUCGUCGUGUGAUGCAUUUCCAGCGGCAGAAGCUGAUGGCUCUGACUGAGUAUAUCCCCCCAAAACCUGUGGUCAACCCGAGAUGCCUACCGUGUCCUCCCAGUCCCCCACAGGAGGAGACAGGCCUUAUCCGGCUCCUCCGUCGGGAGAUAGAUGCAGUUUUCCGAGAGAACCGAAUGAUAGCUGUCUGUCAGAAUGUGGCUCUGAGUGCGGAGGACAAGCUUCUCAUACGGCACCGGCUGCGGAAGCACAAGAUCUUGAUGAAGAUCUUCCCCAACCAGGUUCUGAAGCCCUUCCUAGAGGAUUCCAAGUACCAAAACCUGCUGCCCCUCUUUGUGGGCCACAACUUCCUGCUGGUCAGCGAGGAGCCCAAGGUCAAGGAGAUGGUGCGAGUCUUAAAGGGUGUGCCUUUCCUGCCACUGCUCGGUGGCUGCAUCGACGGCACCAUCCUCAGCAGGCAGGGCUUCAUCAGCUACUCCCAGCUUCCCAGCCUGGCCAUGGUGCACGGAGAGCUGGUAGGAGGGCUCACCUUCCACGUGGCCCAGACCCACCUCUUGCUUCAGCACCAGCCCUUCCAGCUGACGGCCCUGCUGGACCAGUACAUCAGACAGCAACAGGAGGGGCACUCCAUCGCGCCAGCCAGCGGGCAGCCUGCUUCUCCCGACUGUGUUCCGAACUCCUAGCCAGCCUGUUGUACCUAGCCUGCCCGUAAACACACUCUACCCCUGUUGGCUGCGCCCUCAUCCAUCAAUCAGAAAUGUGGAAGCACUUGGGGUGGGGAGUGGCGUUCGUGACCUGACUUCACUGACCCCGACUUCCUCAGAUGCAGGGCCACCCAGGGAUGCAGAGACACCCCAUUUCCGAAUGGAGGCUCUGAAUUGCUGUCUUUGUCCCUAGUGUUCCCACCCUGGGACCUAACAGGAGCAGGCUUUUGGCUCUCCGGGUCCAGGGCAGAGAAGCUGACCAGAUGAGGAGGUUGCCCUCUGCCUCCAUGUCCCCUGUCCCUUGCCGCACGUGUCUCCCGGCCUACCCCCUUGUGGGCCCGCCGUGCUGCAGUAGUCCCCCUCGGUACUUGUGCUGAGAAUGGCAUCUGUUGAGAGCCAGGCUCUGUGCUCACCACUUGACACACCUCCAUUCUUCUCGCCACGUCACCCUAACAUUCGUCAUUUCACAGAGAAGUUCAGGAGUCUGCCCAAGGUCCUGCAGCUAAUAAGAGACCCAACAGGUGCUUGAACCGGGCUCUCUGCUCUGAAGACCAUGCCCUGGAUUUCUGCCCUCAACUUCCUCAUUAGGGUCUGGGGUGUGCCUGAAUGUUAAUUCUCCACCCUCAGGGUGUGUCACGUUAUGGAAAGGUUGGGAGCACUGCUUGUUGAUAAAAUGAAAUGCAUUUUAUUUCCUCGGUUUUGCUGUUUGCAAGCUUAUCCUCCGUGUAGACUUAUUCUCAGGGCUGCCUCUGAUUCUCACUUCCCCUCCUAGAAAAUCCUUCCUCUUUCCGUGUCCAGGUCUCUUACCUCCCUGGACCAGUCCCACAAAUGGCAUCUCUUACAUGUUUGUCCUUUUGAAGGCAGCUGCCAACUUUGCCCGGUAGCUAACAUGUCCCAGGUGAUUCUGAGCAAGAGCUGGGCCAAACCAGAAUUCUGU